UCUCCAAUAAAUGCCCCCUCUGCUCCACGCCUGAACGCUUGUUGCCCUGCUGUCGAGCUCCGUGUCGCUCUGGGGCAUUGGUCUGGAGGAAGCGCUGAUCCCACAAUACACUGGAGUCUCCGAUGUGACAGCCCUUGAAACAUGGCUGAAGUCGGCAGCAGCAGCCUGGCCGAGCAACUCAAAUCGUGCAUCGUCUGGUCCUGGACCUACCUGUGGACGUUGUGGUUUUUCCUGAUGCUUUUCCUUGUUUACAUCUUGCGGGUUCCCCUGAAGAUCAGCGACAAUCUGAGCACAGUGAGUAUGUUUUUGAAUACAUUAACCCCCAAAUUCUACGUUGCUCUGACAGGCACAUCAUCCUUGAUCUCAGGGCUUAUUCUGAUAUUUGAAUGGUGGUAUUUUCGAAAGUAUGGCACAUCAUUUAUCGAGCAAGUCUCAGUAAGCCACCUCCGGCCAUUGCUUGGUGGAGUGGACAACACCACGCCCAGCAACUCCACCUCAAAUAACGGAGAUACUGAUUCGAACAGACAGAGCGUGUCAGAAUGCAAGGUGUGGCGGAAUCCACUAAAUUUAUUUAGAGGAGCGGAAUAUAAUCGGUAUACGUGGGUAACAGGAAGAGAACCACUGACUUACUAUGACAUGAAUCUUUCUGCACAAGAUCAUCAGACCUUCUUCACAUGUGAGACUGAUCACUUACGGCCUGCCGAUGCUAGUAAGAAGGAUUUAAUGCAAAAAGCUUGGAGAGAGAGGAACCCACAAGCAAGAAUCUCUGCAGCACAUGAAGCCUUAGAAUUAAAUGAGAUAUUUUACCAUUGGCGUCCACUGCUACAGCCGCUGCAAGCAAAAAGAAGGACCCAAAAUGGAAUAAAGUUCACAAUAUGUGCAACUGCAUACAUUCUUUUGGCUGAAGAAGAAGCUACUACCAUUGUGGAAGCAGAAAGACUCUUUAAGCAGGCACUGAAGGCAGGAGAGGUUUGUUACAGACGCAGUCAACAGCUGCAGCAUCACGGAGCGCAGUAUGAAGCACAGCACAGGCGAGACACAAACGUGUUAGUAUAUAUCAAAAGAAGAUUGGCGAUGUGUUCGAGAAAACUGGGAAGGACAAGAGAAGCAGUAAAAAUGAUGCGAGAUCUGAUGAAGGAAUUCCCUCUUCUCAGCAUGUUUAAUAUUCAUGAAAAUUUACUGGAGGCACUUUUAGAAUUACAAGCCUACGCUGAUGUGCAAGCAGUAUUAGCUAAAUAUGAUGAUAUAAGCCUUCCAAAGUCAGCAACAAUAUGUUAUACAGCUGCGCUACUUAAAGCAAGAGCAGUCUCUGACAAAUUCUCACCAGAGGCUGCUUCCAGGCGAGGGCUGAGCACUGCAGAGAUGAAUGCAGUAGAAGCAAUACACAGAGCAGUGGAGUUUAACCCACAUGUUCCCAAAUAUUUAUUAGAAAUGAAAAGUUUAAUACUGCCACCAGAACACAUUCUGAAGAGAGGGGACAGUGAAGCAAUAGCAUAUGCAUUCUUCCAUCUUCAACAUUGGAAACGGGUGGAAGGAGCCCUCAACUUAUUACAUUGUACUUGGGAAGGAACAUUCCGAAUGAUCCCCUAUCCCCUGGAAAAAGGUCACCUUUUUUAUCCAUAUCCAAUCUGCACAGAAACUGCUGACAGAGAACUGCUACCAUCGUUUCAUGAAGUUUCAGUGUACCCCAAGAAGGAGCUGCCGUUCUUCAUCCUGUUCACAGCAGGCCUGUGCUCUUUCACUGCUAUGUUGGCUCUCCUCACACAUCAGUUUCCAGAGCUCAUGGGAGUCUUUGCAAAAGCUGAGUAGAUCCUGCUGCAAAAUCUAGAAGCACAGGCGAUUUCAGAUCCAUUCAGGUAAACAGAAGAAGAGAUGUGUGGACUGCGAAGGAGAUGCUUUAGUGCCUGUGGGGCUUUUAAAUAUUUAAACAUUCAACUCCAGUUUACAAGUGCGCCCACCUUUUUCUCUCUCCUUGUUUGCACUUCAAUUUUUUUCUGUCAUUUUUCCCCCAGUAAGUUGUGUCUCAAACCAUGGAUUUGGAGACGACUGGAACAGCCUGGAUUUUUGUUAAAAUUGCAAAAUUAAUAUAUCAUGUUCUCACUUGAUAAUUGGAUUUAGCACCUUUAGCAUUCAAAUCCAAUGUUAACAACAGGGUAAUUAAUGCAGUGCUAGUGAUUAACUGUUUUCAAACUAAUCUGUUGAUUAUGUUGUGGAAUUAGGAACCUGAUCAUGAACAAUUAGCAAAGUAUUUCCUCAAAUAAUCACCAAAUGAUCUUACAUGUUAUCAGUGAUGUCUAAAAUGAAGGAGAAUCUAAUAAAUAAGAUCAAGAACAUGAGAAAAUCUGCAGAUGCUGGAAAUCCAAAGCAACACACAAAAAAAUGCUGGAGGAACUCAGCAGGUCAGGCAGCAUCUAUGGAAAUGAAUAAACAGUCAACAUGUCAGGGCCAGACUCUUCCUCAUUCAGUCUUGAUGAAGAGUCUCAGCCCAAAACGCUGACUGUUUACUCUUAUCCAUAAAUGCUGCCUGACCUGAAUUCCUCCAGCAUUUUGUGUGUGAAUUUAUUAAGAUAGCAAGUUAUCACUUCCUUUUUAUUACAGAUCUCUUCUCAACCUGAAUUCACUGAUUUGCAGCCAAAAGUUGUUUCAGUUGACAAGAGCAUUGGCAUGUUAAAGAAAAAUUAAUGCUUAAGGAAAAACUUAUGAACGAUACCAGGAGCCUCCUCUUCCAUUGUUGCCCCCUCAUCCAAAGGGUGGUAGCAGUGACGGUGCUGAACAGUCACUACAUCAGCAAAAAAAAAGUCACCAUUAUGUCAGGCAGCAUCUAUGGAGGGAAAUGAACAGUCGGUGUUUCCAGCUGCGAUCCUUCAUUGGAUAGAUCCUGAUGAGGACAUUGGCCCAAAAUGUUGACUGUUCCUUUCCCUCCACCGAUGCUGACUGACCUGCUGAGAUUCUCCAGCAUUUUGUGUGCAUUGUUCAAGAUUUCCAGCGUCUGCAUAAUCUCUUGAGUUAGCAAUAAUUGUUUAGACUGGGUCCACUGCAUCGCUUUCUGUAGAGUAAAACAUUUCGUAGGUGCAUCCAUUGUAGAGUAAGGUUGCGGACUACAUUGAGCUUUUUAAUUUGUAUGAAUGCUAAAGUGAUCUAUAAUUGUUUGAAUGAAAUUAAUGGCUGAAAUAUUCUCUUGAAUACACAUCUCAAGUUUGCUUUGUGUUUCUUUAAUGUUUAUUUUCUGCACUUAACUCUCUGCUUAAACAAGAUUUUCCAUUAUUUCUCCCUGCAGUUUCUCAGUACUCUGUUUGCUCCAUUGAAUUUUGUGAUGGAGAAGGUUGAAAGCAUCUUGCCUUCCAGCCUAUGGCAUCAAUUGACACGAAUCUAAGAAGAAAGGACUUAUGAUAGACUGGUUGCCAUAACACCUGUGCCAAGCUCAUAUCUUGCAGAAUGCAAGGCAGCAUGAUAAAGUGGAUGAAAAUCUGAAUUAAAGACUCUAUAUGUUAUGUUUUGUUCUCAUGUGGACAUGUUUUAUGUUGUACCAAACAAAGUUGUCGUUGUUCUAUUUUAUUAUUUUGCCAUUAGCAAAAUUCUACAAAAAUAAAAAAAACACAAAAAUAAAGUUUAA